UAGAAUUUCAAUUCAAUAGACUAUGCAGUGCAUACUUAGAAAUGUGAAAGCUGUCACUGAUAACACUCUAAACUAUAAUACUUAAUAAAUAAACGCUAAAAAUAGAUUCAGGUACUUUCAAUUUUCAGAGGAUGAUACCAAUAAAUUGUGAUAGUAUGUCAUCUCAUACACUGAAACCAAUUACAGAGCAUGAUAAUAAUAACGAAAAAGUUAUAGAAUUUGAUGAGAGAGAUCAAGAAGAAUAUAAUUACGAUGGGACAAAGAAACUUAUCAAUACAGGGCCGAAGAAGCCAUGUGCUAUAGUCGUGCUCUCUAAUAUACAAAAUCCAAGUGUACAGUCACUAUUGCGUAAAUACAGAUACGACGGAAAUGGUGUUCUAAUUCCGAGCAGCGUGAAGUAUUUCAUUAAAUUACCACAAGGGCUGCGUUCUUCACCGAUUCUGGUACCGUUAAAUGAUAAAGCAUUUUCGCCAUUAGGUGGAUUUGUAAGAUAUUAUAAGGAAGUGCCACCAAUACCACAAGCGUGGUAAGCAAAAUUGUAUAAAUUUCAGCGAGUAUAGUAGGUC